CUUGGUGUUUGUUGGUGGAGAGUUUGUACGCCCUCACAACACUCUUCCUCCACCAAGGAAAAUACGGUGUAGGCAGUCGAUUCUUUGCCAUACUGAACUUAUCCUUCCCCAACCACCAUUGUUUUGUUUACCUUGCAUAUUUGAUUCUUUUUUCUUAAUUCCCGAGGAAAGAGACAAUGGAAGAGGUGAAAAGAGCCGAAAAAGAUUCUUCAGUGGGUCGUAAAGAGGUUAAAGACCCAUGGACAAAACGUGCCUAUUUAGGCGGUCAUAUGAUCCCUCAGUUGCCUGCUAUUUAUUCAAACGACAACAAAUUCCUUUUCAUUACAUAUGACACUUUUGUCGGCAUAUUCUCGUUGAUUACUGGGGAGUGCGUCAAUCGAAUUUUCUUUACAACACAAAAUAACGAUUCUACCCCUCUUGCUGUUUUACUUUCUCCUCAAAAUGCUUUUGAGCUUUAUCUUGUGUUUCGUUCGGGAUUCGUGUGUGUCCAUGAUUGGGCUACCACUGAACUUCUCCGUACGAUGGAAAUAUCCACCCGUGUUCAUGCAGCUACAUUUUCUGGUAAUACUCUAUUUGCUGUUACUGAUGCUCAACCCUCAAAGUCUGGCCCUUCUAGUGAACGUUUCAUCUUGUAUGCUCUUCUUCCUUCUAUAUCUGAAAAGUCGUCGAGCUUGAACCCAACCUUCAUCUUUAAGUUUAAUGAUUUCAUUGCUCUUUCUAGCAGUGAGACUUCUGCCAACCUUCCUACUGUGGCUGUUUUAACAAACGACAAGGUAAUGUUUGCAGUCAAUGUUCCCAAGAAAAAAAAGCACCAAUCUCGUUGGGAAAUUCAUGAACACAAGUUUAAUCAACCACAAGCGUUGACUCAUAUUUCCGUUCAUGAAACCAAGGUAGCUGUAGCUGAUAAUGAAGGGCGCAUCCACGUCUUUUCUGAUUUUACUAGCAGUCGAGUCUCCGGUCCUCGAAUUAUGCACUGGCAUGCAAACCCUUUAGGUGGCUUGACAUGGGCUUUGGAUGGUGAAUAUUUGGUUUCUGGCGGCCAAGAAGGUGUCUUGGUUUUGUGGACUUUGGAAACUUCCCAUCGUCAAUUCUUGCCUCGUUUAGGUUCCUCUAUUGAUUCCAUAUCUGUUUCCCAUAACUCCGAUUCAUACGCCCUGCAUCUUGGAGAUAACUCUUUAACCGUAAUAAAAGCCGUCGAUUUGACAGAACAGAUCCAUGUUCGCGGCAUUCAUCAUAUGAUUCCUGGACCUUCUGACAAAAUGACUUCUGAAGAUGAUAGAAAGGCAAUUGGCGAGCUUUUUAAGUUUUCCACCGUUAACCGUCGAGGAGAAUUGAUGCUGCUUUCUUCAUCUUGUUUCAAUGGUCACUUUGUUGCUUUACAGCAAUAUGACUUAAAGGCCGAUGCUUGCAUUCGUAAUUUUGAAGUGGCUCGCUACUCUUAUGGCUCCGUUUCUAAGACAGCAGCAGCAUCUCCUGCUAAUGAGACUGGAUAUAUUUCCUCAAUUGCAGUAGCCUGCUCCAAUGAUGAUUCCUAUAUUGCGACGCUCGAUUGUUGGACAACCAAUACUGUUGAUCAACAACAGAGAAAGAUAAAACAAACCGCUUUAAAAUUUUGGCAAUUUGAUACUGUUGCUAAGACUUGGAAGCUAAUGACUCGUAUUGAUCAGCCCCACGAUAAUAACCAAGACGUUUUGGGUCUUAUAAGUACGACUACUGGCAACAAGUUUGUUACUUUAGGCACCGACGCGACAUUGCGCGUUUGGACUUUAAGUUCCCGAACUUGGGUUUGCUCGGCAAUGCGUCGUUUUGCAAACAUCAUAGGUCAAUCAACUUACUCAUUUUCACAUGCCCUUACGAAUUCGUUGGACGGAUCUAUCAUCGCAUUUGGUUUUGAUGCUUGUGUGCACUUAGUACAUAGUGAAACCCUCGAAACCAUCUUUAUAAUUGAAGUUCCUCACGGUGGUCCUAUCGAAAACAUCAAGUUCCUUGGAGAAGAAUACUUAGUAAUUGUCUCUCAACGUCGUUUGAUGAUAUGGAACGUGGUUUCUAUGACCGCUCAAUGGACAGUAUCUGGCAAGUUUACGGGACUCUUGGCAACGAGUCAAAACGGACAAGAAUUUGCCGUUGUAGACACAAACUCUUCGUAUUCUCGUUUAUUGAUUUUUGCCUGUGAUUAUCCAAACUUACUUUCUAUGCAUAUAUAUAAGAAUGCUCCGUUGGCCUUGCAUUUCGCCCAUGGUGCUUUCCUUCUUCUUGACGAUAAAUCUGCUUUGCAUGCGUAUGGCGGUACAUUGGCUAGCAAGGUCCCAGCUGCUAAACCAUCUGUCAUUGAACCGACUAAAUCCUUAUUGGGUGACUUUAAGUAUGGUGUUUCCGCUGUGGUGAAAUCAAAUACGAAUGCAGCCAAUGUUGAACCAAUCUAUAAGCGCCUUACUGCUAGCAUGGUUCACAACUUGUUUAAUUUGCCCUCUACUGCACCUGUAGAUAUGGAGGGUAUGUACCAUGAUUUUUCACAGUUGGCAGUGGGCGAACCCCUUGGUUCUCUAGGCAGCAAGGUGGCAUCGAUGUCUUCCAAUUAGAAAAAGAUGAAGAAGUAAAUAAUUAAAAGGAAACUGGCUUAAUGUUGAUAAACGUAUGAAUGUGACGUGCCGUACUAUUGAAACUGGAUAUCUAAACAUUUUUUGUCUUUGAUAUGCAAGUAGGAUAAAACGUGCUUGAAAAGACAUGCCAUGAAGCUAGUAGGGAAGAGUCUCAUGGCUCUUUUCUUGAUUGUUACACCAAGUGCGUGCACUUUCCUACUGUCUUUGUUUAACAUGGGGUUCUCUUGGUUAUGGAUAUUGGUUUUAUAGAUUUUUUUGUUUUACUAUAUAUAGUUUUUUGCGAUAAUAAAAGAAUUGAUAAUUUGAUAAUUAUGAAUUGAUAUAAGGAUCCCAAACAAGCGGUACCUGG